AUGAGUUGUAUACCUGGAAAUUCUAAUCCAAGAAUGUCCGAAUCUUCCAAUGGUCUCGUUUGUUUAUGGUGCUCACGAAAUUAUCAUCGGUCGUGCUGGGAACUUAUUGCUCAAGAUGAUAAGAUGCAAUGUGAUUAUGGAAUAUUUCGAAAGAUCAUUGUUCGACCACAAUGGCUUCGUCGUUCCAGCGAAUCUCCAACUGGCUUCCGAGCCCAAUUGCCACCGUAUUUAAUCAAUGCUUUUCCGUAUACACCCGUUCUUCUCUUCAUAAACAAACGUUCUGGUGGUCAAAUUGGCGAGAAAAUCUAUCGAGAACUCUUACGAAAACUUAAUCCACGUCAAGUAUUUCUUCUAGAAAACAAUACUACCAUUACCCACGCUCUUGAUACGUACUAUUCGCUACCAAAUACUCGUAUUUGUGUUUUCGGUGGUGAUGGUACUGUUGGUUGGAUUCUUGGUCGUUUGGCCGAGACUUAUCCAUCAAGAAAUAAUCCACCGGUGGGCAUUUGUCCGUUAGGAACUGGCAAUGAUCUGUCACGCGUAUUAGCCUGGGGAGAACAGUACGAUCCGAAACGUCUUUUUCAAAUGCUAGUCCAAAUUCCUGAAGCUAGAGUGGUUACACUCGAUCGUUGGAAAGUCCAACUCGAACAGCUCGAGGUGACAACAUCGACUUCAUCAGCACAAGAACAUCAUAAGUGUGGAUUUCAUAUCAGCCGAGCAUUCCAUCUAUUAGGCAGCCAUCCGAAAUUCGUUCGUGAAACUAAUCGAGCUUCCUACCAAGAUCGUCACGAAUUACCGAACGCAUGCUUUAUCAAUUACAUGAGCUUUGGCUUAGACGCGGCAAUCGCCCUCGAUUUUCACGAAGAACGCACGCGUAAUCCAUCCAAAUUUUCAUCACCAUGGAAAAAUAAGCUCAUGUAUCUGAACGAAAGUUCCAAAUAUUUAAACGAUUUUGCUACAGCAAAUAUGUGGGAUCUUAGCUCUUAUAUUCGUUUGACAUGCGAUGGCUACAAUUUGACUGACGCUACACGUGGUUGUCACACGCUGGUCAUACUCAAUAUUCCAGGCUAUGCAUCUGGUACGAAUCCAUGGGGGAAAUUUUCAUCGACUAGCUCGACCACAGGCAAUGUCAGUCAAUCAUCAAUUCAAAAAGAUGACAACUCUGUCGCGUUAUUCGAUUCGCCAGUCGAUAUUCACGAAACCGAUGGAUGGAUCAUUGUGGACAAUUGUGAUACGAAUCAAAUAGCGAGUCGAUCUGUGGCCACAGUCCCAAAUGAUCAUUUCGAUCGACAAGAUUUCGGCGAUCAAAAAAUCGAAGUUGUUGGAUUGAAUGCUGCACAUAUGGCGGCGAUCCAUAUUGGUUUUCAUGGCAAACGAAUCGCCCAAUGUAGUCAAUUACGUAUCGAGCUUUGGAGUCCAAUGACGGCACAAAUGGAUGGCGAACCAUUCUAUCUUCCGGCUUCGGUAGCUGUCAAUAUUGGUCAUGCUGGUCAAGUACUUGUGUUAAAAAAUGAGAAUAAAUAG